GCUUUUGUUGACACAACAAAACGCUUUAGUAUUAACCAUUUAACGAUCGUAAUUGACCUUGCAGAUUAAAGUAACUUAAGAGAUAAGAAAAUUAUUAUAAACAAUUUAACACCGAUCAUUCAACUCUGUGAGAUAAUACUUAAAAUGUUGGCAUGAUCGAUACCUAUAUAUCAUAACUAUACAUUAUCCAAAAUUAUAAAUAGCAAUUGCAAGUAUAAAUAACAAAAGAACCUAACAACCCCCAGCAACCAUAACUGAAAUAAUCCAACCAUAUAAUUGGCUGAUAACAGAAAGCUGUUUUGCGAUUGUUAUUGUUUUAAACAGUAUACUGUAGUAUACUACAUACAAUUGAUUAUGAUUAUUGAGGCUUGAUGAUACGCCAAAGCUUAGUGGGUACUGAAAUUGCCUGUAGAACGGAUCGAGCGGAGAAUUUAGCGCCGAAAUGUGGAUCGCUCUGCUGGGGACCCCAAUUUUGUUGGCUGCCCUGGCGCUUCUUCUAAAGCAUAUUAACAAAACCUACUUUAUACUUUCAUUGACGAAACGAGUGCGAACCGAGGAUGGUAGUCCAUUGGAGAGCAAAGUGGUCCUAAUGCCGGGGAAAACGCGAUUUGGCAAUAACUUGGAUAUUCUCAACUUUACCCCCUCUAGUGUAUUUAAUUUUGUGCGACAAUCAACUGCCAAGGCCAAGGGUAACAAUUAUCUAUGGUAUUUUCUAUAUGCUCCCAUGUAUAAUGUGGUUCGGGCCGAGGAAGCUGAGGAGAUAUUCCAGAGCACCAAGCUGAUAACCAAGAACGUGGUUUACGAACUGAUAAGACCGUUUCUGGGAGACGGUCUACUGAUAAGCACGGAUCACAAGUGGCACUCCAGACGCAAGGCUUUAACGCCGGCCUUUCACUUCAAUGUCCUGCAGUCGUUCUUGGGUAUUUUCAAGGAAGAGUGCAAGAAAUUCCUAAACGUCUUAGAGAAAAAUGUAGACGCCGAACUGGAGCUUAACCAGGUUAUUCCACCAUUCACUUUGAAUAAUAUAUGCGAAACUGCUCUGGGAGUGAAGCUGGACGACAUGUCGGAGGGCAACGAAUAUAGAAAGGCCAUCCAUGCCAUCGAGGAAGUUCUAAUUCAGCGCGUGUGCAAUCCGCUGAUGUACUACAACUGGUAUUUCUUCCUUUACGGGGACUACAGAAAGCAUGUGCAGAAACUUCGAAUAGUUCACGACUUCUCAAGUCGCAUUAUCGAGCGAAAAAGGCAGCAAUUCCGGCAGAAACAACUUGGUGAAGUUGAUGAGUUUGGCAGGAAGCAGCGAUACGCCAUGCUGGAUACCCUGUUAGCAGCCGAAGCAGAAGGUCAGAUCGAUCAUCAAGGUAUCUGCGAUGAGGUCAAUACCUUCAUGUUCGAGGGCUACGAUACCACCUCAACGUGUCUAAUAUUCACCCUGCUCAUGCUGGCCCUCCAUGAGGAUGUGCAGAAGAAGUGCUAUGAGGAAGUGGAAAGUCUUCCCGUGGACACCGAUGACAUCAGUGUGUUUCAGUUCAACGAACUAGUCUACUUGGAGUGUGUGAUCAAGGAAUCGCUGAGAAUGUUUCCAUCCGUCCCAUUUAUUGGGCGCCAAUGUGUGGAGGAGACUGUGGUGAAUGGAAUGGUGAUGCCGAAGGACACACAGAUCAGCAUCCACAUAUACGACAUCAUGAGGGAUCCGCGACAUUUCCCCAAACCAAAUCAGUUUCAGCCCGAGCGUUUUCUUCCCGAGAACACUGUGAAUCGCCAUCCCUUUGCCUUUGUGCCUUUCAGUGCUGGCCAGAGGAAUUGCAUUGGCCAGAAGUUUGCCAUCCUGGAGAUGAAGGUGCUCCUGGCCGCUGUGAUCAGGAACUUUAAGCUACUGCCCGCCACGCAGUUGGAGGAUCUCACUUUUGAGAACGGAAUCGUACUGCGCACACAGCAGAAUAUCAAAGUGAAGUUAACGAAAAGGUCGGAAUAUUAUUUAAACGCAGAAAUGAUUUUGGAAUUCCUGUUUUCUGCUCCACUUCUGAUUUUCCUCUUUUGCAAGCUGUGGGCUCAUUUAAACAAGACUUAUUUCAUCCUAAGUUUGUGUAAACGAAUUCGCCCUGUGGACGGUAGUUUGCUGGAAAGCAAAAUUUACGUAACGCCGACCAAAACCCGAUUUGGAAACAACUUUGACCUUCUAAACUUUACAUCUGAAAGCAUCUUUAACUUUAUGAGAGAUGCCUCUGCCGAAGCGAGAGGUCGGAAUUAUCUCUGGUAUUUUUUCCGUGCACCCAUGUACAAUGUGGUUCGGGCCGAUGAAGCCGAGGAAAUAUUCCAAAGUCCCAAGCUUAUCACCAAAAAUAUGAUCUAUGAUCUUCUGAAACCGUUCUUGGGCGAAGGACUGCUGACUAGCACAGAUCAAAAAUGGCACUCUAGAAGAAAAGCCCUGACUCCUGCUUUCCAUUUCAAUGUAUUGCAGUCUUUUCUGACCAUUUUCAAGGAAGAGUGCAAUAAACUGGUGAAAGUCCUGCAUCGAAGUGUGGAUAAGGAUUUGGAGCUGAAUCAGGUUAUUCCUCAGUUCACACUAAACAAUGUUUGCGAAACCGCACUGGGAGUAAAACUAGAUGACAUGACGGAGGGCAUUCGAUAUCGCAAGUCGAUUCACGUCAUUGAAGAAGUGAUGCAGCAGCGCUUAUGCAACCCGUUCUUCUAUAACGUAGUGUAUUUCUAUCUAUUCGGUGACUAUCGGAAGCAGGUGGAUAAUUUGAAAAUAGCCCACGAGUUCUCCAGUAACAUCAUAGAGAAAAGGAGAAGUCUUUUCAAGAGCAAUCAGUUAGGACAAGAGGAUGAAUUUGGCAAGAAGCAGCGAUACGCCAUGCUGGAUACCCUUUUAGCAGCCGAAGCAGAGGGUCAGAUCGAUCAUCAGGGAAUCUGCGAUGAGGUCAAUACCUUCAUGUUCGAGGGAUACGAUACUACCUCCACAUGUCUAAUCUUCACCAUGCUCAUGCUGGCCCUCCACGAGGAUGUUCAGGAGCGUUGCUACGAGGAGAUCAAAUACCUUCCCGAGGACAGCGAUGAUAUCAGUGUGUUUCAGUUCAAUGAACUGGUCUAUAUGGAGUGUGUGAUCAAGGAAUCUCUCCGGUUGUUCCCUUCCGUGCCCUUCAUUGGACGUCGGUGCGUGGAGGAGGGUGUGGUCAACGGUUUGAUCAUGCCCAAGGAUACCCAAAUCAACAUUCACAUCUAUGAAAUCAUGAGGGAUCCCCGGCAUUUUGCAAACCCAAAAAUGUUUCAACCGGAUCGAUUUCUGCCGGAGAACACCGUGAAUCGUCAUCCCUUCGCAUUUGUGCCUUUUAGUGCGGGACAACGGAAUUGCAUUGGUCAAAAGUUCGCAAUCCUAGAGAUCAAAGUGCUCCUGACAGCGGUCAUCAGGAAUUUUGAAAUAUUACCUGUCACUCAGCUCGAUGAUCUUACUUUUGAAAAUGGAAUUGUGCUGCGUACGAGGCAAAAUGUUAGGGUUAGAUUGGUGCAUAGGGAAAGUAAAUAAACCGAUAACCUAGUAUAUAGAGCAGUUUGAACUUUAUAAAUUUGAUUCUAACAGAACGUGAAGACCCAAUUACUAGAAACGGACAAUAAAAUAAAAUAUUCCGAUAACG